AUGCGUCGUUUCCUCUUCCUCACCUCCCUCGGUCUCCUGCACUGCUGUCUUUCCGAGCGAACAUGCAGACUCUUUGCCGUUCUCGACGGGCACGGAGGCCGCCAGGCUGCUGCCUUCGUUAAAGAGGCGCUUCCGUCGGAACUUGCCUCGCAGUUGCUGCUUCUUCAGCAGGAGAAGGCGAGGAAAGCUUCGGGCGCGGAAGACUCAAGCACUGCCUCGAUUCCUCUGGAUACUUCGGACGGCGAAGACGGUUCUAUGGGGGACUCCGCCACGGGAUGGUUGACCGAUCGAGAUAUGAAGCAAGUGAUCUACGGAGCCUGUCGGAAAGUUGAUGCACGCAUUGCGACUGAAAUUCCAUCUUGCCGUGAUGGCUGCACAGCUGUCGUCGCACUGUUUCACGGACAACAAGUCUACAUUGCUGGCCUCGGAGACAGUGCUGCGUAUUUGGCGCGAAGGAAAGACCGCAACCUUCACAGCAUUCCGUUGACUGAAGUCCAUCGGCACUGGGUGAUUGAAGAGAAGGAGCGCAUUGCUCGCAUGGGUGGCACGAUCGAAAACGGCCGCGUUAACGGCUCUCUGGAAGUCACGAGAUCUUUCGGGGAUAUUUCGCUGAAGAGGUACGGUGUCUCGUGCGUCCCAACAGUGAAGAAAUUCACGCUGGAGCCAGCCUUGGACGAGUUCGUUCUCAUGGGAUGCGACGGCUUUUGGAACUGCUGGACGGCGUCUGAGGCGGUCUCUCUCGCGUCGGAAUUGUGGGAAAAGGAGGUCCGGUCAAGCAAGGUUCACUCGAGACCGUUGGAGCCUCAGAACGUCAGCAAACAACUGGUGGAGCACGUUCUCAUAGAUAAGAAAUCGCAGGACAACAUCACGGUGCUGCUCCUGAGGAUUAUGCGGAACUGA